GGUGACCAGCCUCAAUGGAAGGGGCGGCCAGCAAAGAAAUGUCGUCUUCUGGGAAAGCAAAGGGCCAGAAUGGGGUUGUUGAGAAGAAAGAAUACCCGGACCCUCUUGCCUCUCAUGAAGAUGUUGUGAAGGACCCUAUUGUUUUCUGGGAUACUCUUAGGCGCUUUCAUUUUAUGAUGGGCACCAAGUUCAUGAUUCCUGUGAUUGGAGGCAAGGAGUUGGAUUUGCAUGUUCUGUAUGUAGAGGCUACCAAAAAGGGUGGUUAUGAGAAGGUAGUUGCAGAGAAGAAAUGGAGGGAAGUGGGUAGUGUUUUCAGGUUCUCUCCAACGACAACAAGUGCAUCUUUCGUGCUUAGGAAACACUACUUCAGUCUUCUUUACCAUUACGAGCAGGUUCAUUUCUUUAAGAUGAAGGGUCCUCUACAUACUCCAACGGUUGCGUUUCCUGUUAACGAUCCUUCAUUCAGACCUGAACUGGCUCUCGUGGAAUAUUCCCCUAAACAGAUAAGAGAAUUCCCAGAUCCACUUAUUGAAGGAACCUCUUGUUUUUCAGUUACUGGAACGAUUGAUGGGAAGUUCGAUUGUGGUUAUUUGAUAUCUGUGAGGUUGGGUUCAGAGGUUCUCAGUGGAGUACUUUACCAUCCAGAGCAGCCAGGCUAUUCUGCUUCCACAUCUGAAUAUACCAAUGCCCUUGUCCCAUACAAACGCCGUUCUGGGAGGAGAAGGAGGAGGAGAGGCAGAAGGGCAGGAGACCCUAGCUAUCCGAAACCCAACAGGAGUGGUUACAACUUUUUCUUUGCUGAAAAGCAUUAUAAACUCAAAUCCCUCUAUCCAAACAGAGAGAGGGAGUUCACAAAAAUGAUUGGAGAGUCUUGGAGCAGUCUAAGCCCGGAAGAGAGGAUGGUAAUUGGAAAAUGUUUUUGGCGCAAUUUACAUUUUCGCAGAUUACACACAAAUAAGAGAAUGUCUUGCAAACUACUUUCUGUGAUUUUGAGCAUUCUUUAUCAGGUGUACCAGAACAUUGGAUUGAAAGAUAAGGAGAGAUACAAGAGAGAAUUGAAAGAGUACAAAGAGCGACUGAAGAACCCAGCACAGAUCUUUAUGACUUCUAAAGAACCCGACUGUUAGACCGUAGAGAAGGGAAAAUCAGCAUUAACUAAAGAACCCAGAGCAGAUCUUUAUUCUGAUGAUCUAUCUUUAAUGUGAAAUACUUUACCACUCUACGAUAAGAAGUGCCAUUUCAGCUUCAUAUAGAUAUUUUCACUCUAAUGAUCUUUCGUCAAUAUGAAAUACUUUUACCACUCAUUUUUGCACUGGGAAGCUAUAUGCGAAUCUAGACAUGGAUAUGGAUUUAAUUUCUUUAUUACAUGAUAGAUCUGUCAUUGUCUCUUUAUUCUUGUAAUAGAAUGACUUGAAAAUGUAAAUUAGAUACUUAUAUGGUCAACGUUACGUAUUUUUUAUGAAGAGAUAUAUGCAUAAAUUUUACUUUUAUAUUACCCGAGUCCUAGGUCCCCAUUUAUCCCUUGACCUUUCCCCCAGCGGUGGAUUCCAUUCCAUUCCGGGGACUCAUUCAAGCAUGAGGCAUUAAAAUAUGAAAAAGGGUAACGGUAGCUGCACAAAACUGAGUAAACACUGGGCCCCAUUGCCAAUUCAGAUAUUUCAUUGUCCAGAGCUCCAGAUAGAUUUCCACCCAUGAAACAAAGCAGUCAUUUACAUUUUGCAGUGUAUACUUCACAAGUUAGGUGGACUGGCCAUGACAUUGUAACCGACGUGCUAUGUCCCAAGGAGGCCCUUUCAGGAAUUUUAAGAA